CAGUCGCGCGCUGAGUCUUUCCGCUCACCUAAAAAAAAAAAAAAAGAAAAGAGCUGUGGCGAGACGAAGACAAGGAAACACACGCGUACAUCGGUGGGGAAAUACGUGGACAGCAUUCGGUGACAUUUGCCCACGAACUGCGUCGUGUGUGUUCGUUUACGCCGUCGUUAAAUGCGUCGAAUGUGAACAAGGGAGGAGGGCUCGCUGCUGGGAACCUUUUGUCGGUUAAGCCCUAGAGGACCCUUGCCGGUUGUUGGAGGAAAAGAUGUGCAAUGGAAUGGUAGCGUUACAUACGAGAGCCCCUUCCUCCUUCUCCUCCUCCUCCUGCUCCUCCUCUCUAGCCCACAGGCUGGCCGCCUUCCCCGCGCUUCUCCUCUUCUUCACUGUGCUGCCCCAUGCCCUCGCAUCAGGUUGUGCUCAGCCACCUGCCGUGCAGCAUGGAGACCUGCUUAACCAGACUGAGGGUAACAGGGACUCCUUUCCCAUGGGCACUGUUUUGACCUAUGCCUGUGAUCCUGGAUACACUGCAGAUGGACCUACAAGCAUCACUUGUGACGGUUCUGGAUCCUGGUCCAAUCAACUCCCACGCUGCAUCAGAAGCAAUGUGUGUUCGCCCCCCACUGAACCGGAGAAUGGUGGCUACCGGUGUCACCCGCCUGGCUGCCACCGUCUCACCCAUAAGACUGUCAUAGAGUACUUCUGCGAUGAGGGCUACGCUCUGAAAACAGACUACAAGUUUCUCACCUGUGAGAAUGGCGAGUGGGAUACUCCCAUGCAGAUCAGCUGCCGACUAACCCAAGACAAGGAGCCAAGCUCUGAACUCGGCAUACCAGCUCUGUCUAUUGUGGCGUCAACUGCUAGCUCGGUGGCGCUCAUCCUACUUUUAGUUGUGCUUUUUGUGCUCGUCCAGCCCAAACUCAAAUCGUUCCAUCACAGCAGGAGGGACCAAGGAAUCUCAGGUCAAUCUGGUUCCAUCAUGGUCGAGGGGGUUCAGGUGGCACUGCCCUCCUAUGAAGAAGCUGUGAACGGAAGUGGUUCAGCACCCCCUCCUCCUUCACCGCCUCCUCCAGCUCCUCUGGAGUCCAGAGUCCCGAUUGUUCUGUCUGAGGGUCUCCCUCAGGGGGCCACAGGAGGCGAAGGUCCCAGUGGAACCCACCACCACAGAGACUUAGACUUCUGUUUCCCAUCCACCUCAUCGUCUAUCCCCUCCCACCAUCACGCAGAGAGGGUGCUUGUUCAUCAGGCUCCGUCUUCAUCCUCCUCUUCCUUAUCAUCGUGGGCUACAGAGCACCCUGGCGGUGCGUGCGCGGCCCCUCUACCUCUCCGUAGAGACUCUGAGAGCAGCGACCAGCACAGUCUGCUCUCUGUGACCUCUGCAGAUGACUUCUCUGAUGAUAUUCCCUUGCUGAAGGAAGCAUGAAGCCUGCCAGCGUGCUAGCAGCAGUCUCCUGUCUCUCUCUCUGCUGACCAGGACAGAGUGUGGCUGUCAACCCAACUUACCCAAACAAUCCUCACAGGCCAGCAGAGACAGAACUAAAACUAUGCCCAGCGCAACCUCUUCAGCCAUUGCUACAGACAAAGAACAAAGCCAUCAACCAGUACAUACACCACCACGGGCAGUAAUGGAACGCCAGGAGAGCCGGCUCGAGACUAGACAAAGUGGUGCCAUCGUAUUAAAAAUCGUCACAGCCGUCAUAUAUGCUUCAAACAUACAUACCCAGUCAAGGCUCUGUGCUACAGGCUAUGUAUUAUCACACACACACCUCCUUACUGGUUUCACCCUAUAUAUUAUAGUUGACACAGGCUCCAUUUGAAAAUGGUAUUAGCCAUCAAUGGAUUUAAAACGAGAAAUCUUAAGUUUGCCAGUGGCCCUGUAGUGCUCCAAAUCGUCUUCCCGCUGUACUUGAGUUGUGAGUGACAGUUGGGUGUUGUGGCCCUCUUUGUGAAUGCUGCAUGUCGUUUUUAGUGAUGGCUGUCAUUGCGCCGCGGCCCACUCUGAAUUAAGCAUGAAGCCUCCUCUGCGUGUCCUUCUUUUUCCCUCUUUUUUAGCUGUCUCUGUAUCCAGGCAACAUCCAAGAAUACUGUAUGGAUGAACGGGAUUAGUUGGGGAAGAGUACAAAGCAGUGUGGCCACGUCUUUGUAGAACCUGAAAGAGAGCGUUCCAUCCUCUUCUCUUGCAUGAGUAGGAUUGAUUGGUGUUUCGGAUCUAAAACAUCUGACUUAAAGCAACACACGAGAUCCCGCUUUAUCGAGCAGCACAGGAAGAGCUGUCCAUCAGGCUGAUUGGUCAAGACAAAAUGUUAAAGUAGCGCCAACAAAAUGCUCCUUCCUGCCGUAUUUUUUUGUUUCAUGUGUGGCUCACUUUGUUUUGAUCCGACGAGUUUGACUUGACGUGUGUGCGUGUGUAUGAAGCAGGACAGGGCAUGUACUCAAUAAAUUGCACCUCAUAACAGACAUUUCCUGAUCACCCCCGCCCCAGAUUAGAGGCAGCCAUCACCCCGAACAUUCAUGUUACUAGACCAACGUUGAUUGAAAAACAGCAAAACGCAAUUAUAAUCCAGCAAUAAAUUCAGUACACGACUGUCUGAAUUAUUAAUAUUUAUGCUGACUGGCAUCUCUCUAGAAAAAUAGCUUUGCACCCGUUGUCAAUCACACUGAACUGAAAAUAAAAUAUCUGUGGAUUAUUGACAGAACUGCAACUGGUUGCAGUGAAAUAAGAAAUUGAACAAUUGUUUUACACACCGCGCGUCCGAGCGCAUAUACUCAUAUAAUCUUCUAAAGACAAGAGAUUAAAGAAUCAUGGUUUUCGUCAUCCUCCUCCUCAUCGUCAUAAGGUGUUUUUGUGGUUGAGCUGUCCCCCAUGAACACAGCAUGACUCCAAAAAAAAUCAAACCUUAUGUGAUUUAUCUUUUUUUUUUUUGGGGGGGGGGCUCUUCAUUAUUAUUGCGAACAGAAUGUUGCCUUAGACCUGUACAUUUUUUUAUGUAUUAUCUAAAGUAUCCGCUUUGGUGGUUGCUUUGUCACCAGUGCAACGUUUUCUGUUUUCCCAAAGGCCUUACGAUGUUCUUUUCUAUGCAUAUAAAUUGUCUUUAUUUAUCACUGUUCAUUUUGUCGGCAAAAAAAAAAUAAUAAUAAUAAUAAUGUCCAACCUUUUCUGUUCUUUCCAUGCUUUCCAGCUAUUGUGAUGAUGACACUGAUUUUUAUGCGCCUCCGUGUUUCAUAUUUGCUUUACUUCUCUUUACUACCUGGCGUAAAAUGUUAUGGGGUUAAAGGUUUGUUGUUUUUUUUAAAGCAACUAAUGUUAAAUUCAGGGACACUGUUGUACAGUGUCUCUUCCCUGGAAAUAACAGGUUAUAGUACACAGUUUCAUUUUUUGGUUUGAAUGCUUUUGGCUUCUAAUCUUCCCCUGUACAUGGCAGUGGGUGUGAGAAUAUUAAUUUAAUAUUUGUAUAAAGGUUAAUUUAAUUUUACAGUGUGUAUAUAACUUUCUAAUUAAAGCUUUCUUUUGAAUGUGAA